GGUACAAUAUCAAGUGGGUAGAAGUGCUAUCCUUUGAGGUAUAGUAACAGGUGGGUGGGAGUGCCAUACUUUGAGGUACAAUAUAGUAGGUGGGGGGAAAGGUUAUCCUUGAUCGAGGUACAGUAACAGGUGGGUGAAAGGCUCAUCCUUUGAGGUAUAGUAACAGGUGGAUAGAGGGGUCAUACAGCGAGUAAAACGCGGGUGGAAAGCGGACAUUCUACAUGGUGCAGUAACACAGCAGAAGAUAUUGUGGUGGGGACUAUGGAUCCGUACAUUAUAGUCACACAAUGAAACCCAUUUUAAUUUGCUGUUUACACAUUGACAAGUAACGUGUGAUGACUGCCACAAUCGUUAAUGAAAGCGCGACGGGUUUUUUUCACUGCUAAUAUGGCUUUUAACGAAUUCCGGCGCCUGCAGGGUUUCAGAAAUUUUAUCGUACAAUUUAUCAUCGAUCAAACUGGGCCACGUGCCAGUAUCCCAGGAUAUAAAGCAGCAUAGGUACGAAGGAUCAAGGGUAUUCAAUCUUACAAGCCGAUUGUGACGCAGGCGGCAGAGUUAGUGCUCCCAUUUCAUGUGUAAAACCUGUAAGUGUCUAAGAGAGAGAGAGAGGAGAUUGGGAGGGAGUGUGUUACGUGUUUUUGCAUUUAAUUUAAUCGGUUUAAUUCGCAAUUAAGUCGUCCAUGCAUUCGUUUUGGCGUCCUAAGUGGAGAUGGAAUUCUCUGAUCACACGUAAGUGAAUAUCUUCGGCCCAUUUUGCCAUCGGUGAGUGUUUUUAGGUAAAUUGAACUUAGCGAAACGUCGUUCAAAAUUAGAGCAAUCCAUUCGAAAUCGAGCGUUGGUUAUUAGCGUGGCUAAUUAUCAGUUAAUUCCGGAUUAUUCCGAAGACAGGGCUUAUUAAUUUGGAACACACGACGCGACAUUGGGGUAAACCAAUUAUUCGCUUUGCGCGAUAACAUUCCGAGUGCUUGCGCGUUUUUCAUUUUGUUAGUUUGUACCAGUGCAAGUCGGCUUGCUGAUUCGAGUUUUCAGCUGUGUGCCUCUGACGGUUGCUGUCUUUCAUCGUAGCUCGGAAAACUUAUUGUAUUGCAAACUAUCAAUCAAUAAAGCGAACACAUACGUUAUAAUUUCAUAACCCCUUGUCUAUAUAUGAAAUACACUGUAUAUUAUCUGCAAUAAGGGGAGAAAGGAUUUUAGCUCGAAAUGGCUAGCCUGAAGUGCGUUCAACCUCAAACAACGAGUACCUUGAGCAUUUUACGUGAUCUCAAUGGUAAUGUUCCAACUUCGGAGGGAGGAUCGAUUGGUGUUUCGCGUCCGUCGCUUAUUUCCAAAAUAAAGAUGCACCGUUAUUCAAAGUUGGAGAUAUUCCUCGCCAUCGUUUCCCUCCUGUUGUUGGUCUCCCUGGUGGUGGUUGUAGUUCUACUGGAAAGCGAGAACAUUGAAAAAACGAGCGAGGAAAAAACGAGCCAGGAAGAAGGUCCACGGGGAACCGAAGCAGCAAUCAAAUCCUUAGCGCGAGUUCUCAAUAACAUUGACAAGGAUGCCGACCCAUGCACAGAUUUUUAUCAAUAUGCCUGCGGUGGCUGGGAAAAAAGGAAUUACAUUGAAGAUUCUCAGCCCUAUGUAUUUCCUUUCGUGGAAGUUCAAAAAGAGAACAAGAGGCAAUUGAAGGAGAUUUUGGAGAACAUGGAAGUCAAGGCUAACUAUUCUGAUAAUCCAGCUAUGCUAAAGGCCUUUGAAAUGUAUUCCUCCUGCAUGAAUACAACAGCCGUUGAGAGAUUUGGCGAUUCAGAACUACGAAGAAUUCUCCGUGUGUUGGCUGACUUCGACAAUACAUGGAACAACCGUUCCAGUUACGACUGGAAGGAUUUUGUCGUGAAAAUUAAACGACAACUUAACCUUGACACGCUUUUCAAAAUUGUAGUAUUGGACGAUCUCAGAGAUGCUUCGAUACAACGAAUUACGAUGCAAGCAGUUCAAAUGCCUCUAAGUUACGCGAAUUAUUUCGUUCAAAAUUCUACUCAGGAAACUCGUGCCCGCUAUGUGAAGUUUAUGACUGACGUCAUGAUGUUAGUCACAGACUCUAAAAUCGAGAAUGAAGUUGUCAAGGAAGAAAUGAGCAAAGUUUUGGAUCUGGAAACAAGUAUAGCAAAGGCACAGAUUAUUCCAAGUCAAAGACGUAACUUUACAUUAAUUUAUAACCUUAUUUCUAUUGAAAAACUGACGAAAAUGACUCAAAAGUUCGACUGGUUGUCAUUCUUCGGCAGUUUAACUUCUGACAUAGGCUUUAGCCUAACCCCGAGUGAAACGCUGAUAAUAACAUCGCCGAAAAUGGUUCAAGAUAUAUUAAACACACUGAAUAGAACAGAACCGAGUGUCAUAUCCAAUUAUCUUGCUUGGAGAAUAAUCUAUGAUGUUAUCAAGAUAUUACCGUUAAAGUACCGAAAAUUAUACAACGCGUUUCGCGAUGAUCAAACGAGUACUUUAUGGGAUACCUGUGUCCAAGACACUUCUAGCACACUCCCGCUUGAAACCACGUUACUUUUUGCUCAGCGUACACUACCAAAGGGAACUGUAAAUGAGGCAAGAAGCAUUAUGCGUGACGUAAGAGAUACAUUCAUUGAUAUUAUUCCUAAGCAAUCGUGGAUGGAUAAAAAUACACAGACUAAAGCAAUUGAAAAGGUAAAAGCUAUGAUAUUUCAUAUCGCAUAUCCAAGCAAUGAGACAGUGGCUGAGAACAUGCUAAAGAAUUCUUCUCCGAAAUUCACAGUUUCAAACACCAGCUAUUUAACAACAUAUCUGAAUGUUAAAUCAUUUACAUUUAUGGAAAACUUCAAGUUGUUAAAGGCGACCUUUAGUAGAAACAAAUGGGACGAAAUUGAUCCAAUGAAACCAACUGGCUUUUAUUACCAUACUCGUAACAAAGUAGGUAUCUCAGUCGGUUUCCUUCAGAGCAAGUUAUUUUCGCUGGAGAAUUACAAAUCGGCCAAUUUUGGUGGCUUUGGCAUGGUUAUCGGACAUGAAAUUAGCCAUGGUUACGACCUUAUAGGUCACAGAUUUGACAAGCACGGCGAUAUGACAAAAUGGAUGUCGCAUCAUUCUUCAAACAUUUUACGCCAAAAGCAUGCGUGUUUGGAAAAAUCAUACAGUAAUCUUGCCCUCAAAGGUCGUAAGAUUGGACGGAUAAGGAGUUACCGGCAGCAAUUUUGUGAUAUUGGUGGUAUAAACCUCGCUUUCGAGGCUUACAUGGAAUGGAAGAACAGGAGUUUGGAACGGGGGAUGUUACCUUCGUUGAACAUCACACACAAUCAAUUGUUUUUCCUUUCGUAUGCUCAGAUGUGGUGUGCAAAGUACAAAGCUUCCGAAGUGUCUCGCAUGGUCAAUGAAGGAAACUAUCCUUUUCCAUUGAGGGUUCAAGGAGCGAUGUUAAACUCCGAAGAAUUUGCCGAUGCGUUUUCAUGCGCCCCAGGUACCACGAUGAAUCCUAUAGAAAAAUGCAAAGUUUGGGAAACAUAACUUUGCAUUGCACAGGCGCAUUCUGUAAAUUUGGGGUGUACAUAUACUUAAUGGUAUAGUCGAGGGGAAUGUUCUCUUUGUGCCCAGCUUAACCUUCAUCGGAUCGUUGCCGUCAGCAAUUUUAUAGGCUUGUACUGUCUGCAUAAAUGAAUGUUUGAACAAGGUUAAGGAAGGUUCAACGCAGGAGGCUAUUAUUGUUGGACAGCUAUAUAAAUAGGUACGAAGCACAUAUAUUUGUAUAUAGGCUCCUUAACAAAGGAACGUGGAUUUAUCCACCUUUUAAUACCCUAAGAGUGCAAGCGGAUUCGCAAUAUUUGGAGUGACGUUAUGCGUGAUUUAUGAAAGUUUUAAUCUACCUUUAAAACCAUUCAUGUCAGAUUUUUAUUCAGAUCCUGUAUAGGAAAACCUUUUUUAUAAAUACUU